GGGGACGAUGAGGAGGCGGGGCAGGCGGGCGGUGGUUGCCCCGCGAUCACAGCCACAGUGGGGCUGGGGGCUGGGGCCGGAGGGUUUCUGGGUCACUGUUCCCGAACCGCACUGCCGGGGGCUGGAUUGGGUUCAGGAGCCGCAUCGCCUCCCUGGCAACUUCCCGGCUGCCUUCUGAAGACUUUUAGCCUUCCAGCGCUCCUCCGCGCCCCACCGCCACCCUAGCGCCAGAUACCGCCCCGCCGGCUGCCCGAAGGGUCCAGGCCCCAUUGUCCCGGUCCUCACCGCGGCCACUGGCCCCUUGAGCGCCAGUUCUCCCUACUCCCCUUCCCAGGCAGGGCCACCAACGCCUCCAGCAGCCGCUCUUCUCUUGUCUGCUCCGAGGAGGUGGUUGGUUACCAUGGUGAAGCUGGCAGCCAAAUGCAUCCUGGCAGGAGACCCCACCGUGGGCAAGACCGCCCUGGUGCAGCUCUUCCGCAGCGACGGGGCCCAUUUCCAGAAGAACUACACCCUGACGACAGGGGUGGAUCUGGUGGUGAAGACAGUGCCAGUCCCUGACACGGGGGACAGUGUGGAACUCUUCAUUUUUGACUCGGCCGGCAAAGAGCUGUUUUCUGAAAUGUUGGAUAAAUUGUGGGAGAGUCCCAAUGUCUUGUGUCUUGUCUACGACGUGACCAAUGAGCAGUCCUUCACCAACUGCAGCAAGUGGCUGGAGAAGGCUCGGUCGCAGAUUCCAGGAGCCACCCUCCCAGGUGUGCUGGUGGGGAACAAGACAGACCUGGCUGGCAGGCGAGUGGUGGAUGUGGCCCAGGCCCAGGCGUGGGCACUAGGCCAAGGCCUGGAAUGUUUUGAAACAUCCGUGCCUGCUUUGCCGGACCUGUUCUGGCCCCUCUGGACUUGCCAGGUGUCUGAGAUGCCCUCCCUACCCCCACAGGGGGCUUCUCACCUGCAGCUUCCGCCUCAGAAGGAGGCGGAAAACUACGACGCCCCCUUCCACUACCUGGCCAGGCAGUUUCACCACCUGUAUCGGGAGAAGCUGGAGGUUUUCCAGGCGCUGGUGUGACCGUUCCCCGCCAUGGAGCCCGGCCGUGGGCUCUGUCUCCUCGGAACAUGGGAGAAGAUGGAGCUGCCUGGCACUUCCGGUCUAUCGUGACAGCUUUAAAUAAAAUGAGAAAAUGGAGAAGCA